UAUAAAAGCAUCCAAAAAGCAGCAUGUCAUAGGACCUUUAAGUUCAGUUUGAAGACACAUCUGACAACUAAGCAAACUCCAUGAUGAUCAUGUGAUUUGAUAGAAAGCCAGAACAGCUACUAAAUGGACCUUGAAGUGCUGGUAUUUAUCAUGCAUCAGAUGCACAGGGGCUGAAGCAAUGACAGGGGUCAAAACAACAGUUCUAUUGUAUCUAGGUCUAUUUUGGGAGGAGCCCAGGCUCGCAUGCACAGUUAAAUGCUACCACGUAUUACCUCAGGGUCUGACUGACUCACCUUUUGGUUACAGUCGGUGAUAGUGUGCCAACAGUCAGCCAGACAAGUUACAGCAGCAAGCUGCUGUCACUGUGGCGUCAUGAAUUCACUCCUACCUCCUAUGUGAACUGUACGGAUAUUUGUGCUUUGGGCGGAUUGUUUGGCAGCCCAUUCACUUCCCUCUCUUGGGCUAACGUUACCAACGCUACGCUACUAUCACAAGUAACGUUACUGUAGAAGUGAACUUUGAGUAGAUUUAACUAGAGUUGUUUUUUGCUCGGUCAUUAUGGGGGACUCGGGCGCCACCGGGGCCUUAACUCGCAGGAGAAGGGCAACUUUUGCAGCGGGUAAAGGUGCGGAUCUGCUGCCGAUGAACGGGAGGUCUGCAGCGGUGCGCCAAUCCUCAGUGACCACUGACAUUACCAGAGACAUUGGCCAGGAAAAACGAAAUCGUUCACUGGAAACAGUCCGGUUUAAAUCAAAGACUGAGAAAGAGAAACGCAAGAAUGACAUAGGUGAACGACUGAGCUGUCAUAAGACACAGGAGUCCCUGCUGAGUUCCGCCAGUGGUUACAAUAACUACAGAGGAAUCCUCAACUGGUGUGUGGUCAUGCUCGUGUUGAGUAAUGCUCGCCUCUUCUUAGAAAACCUGUUAAGGUACGGUAUUCUGGUGGACCCUAUUCAGGUGAUUUCCUUGUUUCUGAAUGAUUCCUACAGCUGGCCAGCCUGCCUGGUGAUUGUUUCCAACAUGUUCAUUCUGGUGGCUCUCUACACAGAAAGGCAGCUGUCGAAGGGUUCAUUCACUGAACUUGUUGGAUUUCUGGUCCAUUGCAUUAACUUGGCAAUCAUGCUGACAUUCCCUGCUGCAGUGGUCCUAUUGGUCCCCUCCAUGACCCCAGUUGGCGGUGCGUUUGUUCUUGGUUCUUACACCAUCCUCUUCCUAAAGCUUUACUCCUAUAAGGACGUCAACAUGUGGUGCAGAGAGCAGAGCACUGUCAAGGCCAAGACACUGGCCAGGUCGCUGUCUUGUCCCUCAGCACAGCACUUAAAUGGAGGCGACCGUAAGGUGUUUUACCCUGGCAACCUCACAAUCAGAGACAUAUACUACUUUGUCUCUGCUCCAACUCUGUGCUAUGAGCUCAACUUCCCUCGCUCUCUUAAUAUUCGCAUAGGUUUCCUGCUAAGGCGACUGCUUGAGAUGCUGUUCUUCACCCAGCUGUUAGUUGCUCUCACUCAACAGUGGAUGAUUCCCAUCAUUCAAAGUUCCAUGAAACCACUAGAGGACAUGGAUCUGUCCAGGAUGACUGAGAGACUUCUAAGAUUAGCUGUUCCUAAUCACUUGCUGUGGCUGAUGUUCUUUUACGUGUUCUUCCACUCGUCAAUGAACUUCACAGCUGAGCUGCUGCGCUUUGGGGAUAGAGAGUUCUACAAGGACUGGUGGAACUCUGAGACAGUGACAUAUUUCUGGCAGAACUGGAACAUUCCUGUACACAAAUGGUGUCUACGCCACUUUUACAGGCCGCUGCUUAGGAGAGGAUUUAGUAAAAUGGUCAGCCAAUCAGCUGUCUUCUUCUUGUCGGCUUUCUUCCAUGAGUACUUGGUCAGUGUUCCUCUCAGGAUGUUCAGACUUUGGGCCUUCAUGGGCAUGAUGGCACAGCUUCCGUUAGCCUGGUUUGUUGGUCGCUUCCUGCGUGGUAACUACAGCAACGCUGCAGUGUGGAUGUCGCUUAUCAUUGGUCAGCCAUUCGCCAUCCUGAUGUACGUCCACGACUACUAUGUACUGCAUUACAGACAGGAGGCUACCUGAUGUGUGUACACACACACACACACACACACACACACACACACACACACACACACACACACACACACACACCUACCCUCUUUCUCUGACUUUGUCUCACUCUUUCUAUCUGUCACAAAUACAAAAGCACUACGUAAAUCCAGUGCAGAAAACCGAUGUCAUACUAAUAAUAAUAAAUAAUAAUAAUGUCAGGAUGAACUGAUCACAUCCCGAUCAUAGCAUGUUUACAUAAGACACCUUGGCCGUUGUAUCUUCCUGCAAUGUAAUGUUUUUUUCUGCUGAAAUUUAUUUUUCUUCAAGCUAGGAAAAGUAAGAAUAGCUAACAGGGAAAAUAUUUAAAGUUGAAAACGUAGAAAAACGUUAAAUCUUGAAACACUACUGUAACCUAGGAAGGGAGGCUUCGCUUCUGUUUCAAGUGAUUUCGUCAUGCAGCAUUUCACUCAGGUGAUUUUUCUUCCAGUGCCUUUUUAAAACGUCAGACGGCCAGUUUGGGUCAGUUUGGGUACUGUGUGUGGUACUGCAGAAAACCUUUGUUUUACCAGAGUUGCUCCUCUUCUGCUGUGUGCAUGGACCGUAUAAUGACUGUGGCUGAAUUGUAUCUAUUGUCCAGUUGACAACAUGAUUCAAGUGCCUUUGUAAAAGUUGUGAUAGAGAUUUAUGUUGCACUGGGUUUCUUUUUUGUAAGCCAAAGGGCCCUCAAUUUGUCUGGUUUGACUAUGAAAUCGAACAUCACUAGAACAAAUUAAUGUAUGCUGGUAGAAUUUUAUUAAUGUAUGAUUUUUAUUUUUUAUAAUAGUUUUUUAUUUUUUUUACCUAGUGACAUUACAAUAACACAGGUCAUGUCCAAUCACGGCAACAUUGUUUGUGUAUUGAUUUUUGUUUUAGAUCAGAACAAACACGUACUAUGCAAAAUCACUGAAUUAGUGUGUUUUUGUCAUGCUCAAAUAAAGUCUUGUUUUUAAGUGUGA